GUAAAUGCCCAGACAGAGGAAUGUUUUAGAGGAUGUUGGACAUGUAAAUGCUGAGCAUGCCUGGAUUCCGCUGUUUUGCUGCAGCUGCAACGAUCAUUCCGGGAACACAGUUUAGCAACGACAUGUCAUCCAGCCAAUGAAAGGGAGGUGAUGGAGCUGACACGGGUUUUCCUUCUGCUUUCUACAACUCUAUGAACUGUACGGACUAUGAACUAUGUACCCAAACGCAACGCCCCCUACCAUGCAACAUCCCUUAUUGAUGCGGGUUCUUGCUUCCUCUGUACACUUGGCCGGCCGAGCAUGUACGAUAGUUCGAAACAUACUGGCGUCCAACGAUUUGGAAAUCGUUGAAAAAGGCGUCAAUGACUUACAAUCAAAGGCUGAUCGUGAUGCACAGCGAUUCAUCGUGGGAUCUCUAACCAGAGCCUUUCCAGAUUUGAAGAUAAUUGGCGAGGAAGGAGAUUUGGAGGAUGAUGGCCAAUCAAUUUCGCUGGAUUUGGAUGAGGAGGUUUUGCAUAAAAAAUGCCCUCCUACUCUCUUUUCCACGCCUUCAUCUGAAAUUGUCGUUUGGGUAGAUCCCUUGGACGGUACUAAAGAGUUUACAGAGGGUUUAGUUGAACACGUCACCGUUCUCAUUGGAAUCGCCGUCAGUGGUAGGCCGGUCGCGGGCGUGAUUGCACAACCCUUUUACUCCACUGGAGAGGCUCACCCACCCAUUCCUUCUGAAACAAAAUCUAGAGUGUUCUGGUCUUUGGAUGGACUCGGAGUGUUCGGGAUCACACCAAACCUUCCUCCUGGUCCCACUCCAUUUCCCAUGAAUACGCAUUUGCAACAAGGAGAUGUCCCGAAUAUACUUGUCGUCACUCGAUCUCAUCCGACUCCCAAUUUGCAGGCUGCUAUCGAAGCAUGUGCACCAACAAAGGUUAUACGCACCGGCGGGUGUGGCUACAAAGUCGUCAUGUUGCUCGAAGGUCUGGCCCACUUGUAUUUGUUCCCCAGCGGGGGCACAAAACGCUGGGACACUUGCGCCCCCGAAGCUGUGCUUAGUGCUGCCGGUGGUCGUAUGACCGAUUUGCUCGGUCAACCCUAUGACUAUCGUGAGACCGACGACCCGGUCAACCACCGUGGACUCUUGGCCACCCCCGUGGCCGAUUGGCUUCCGAUUUACGCGAGCCGAAUUCCCCGUAGUGUUGUAGACUCUAUGAGGCCGUCGUAAAACCAUCUUGCUCUGUGGCAGAUGCCCAUGUCCCGGGAUUCAUUUUUGUUGUUGCGAAUAAUAUGCACGUCCCAGGCUGUGCCCCAGUCUUGAUGUGAUCGGCUGGCGAUGCUCUUUCAAUUUCAUCACUUCGCUCGUUUCACCUUUUUGCUAUUUCGAAUUGUUUUCUCGUUAUUUCUGCUUAUUUCUGGCGCAUCUGCGAUGUUUGCCACUUAGCUUUCUACCAAGUUAUGUACAAU